CUGACUUCUUUACACAGUACACACCCUACACACUGAACACUGUUGACAACUACCAACGCUCAAAGGCAAAGCAGUUUGGACUGGGGUUGAUUAAUGAACAGAAACGGUUGCUGCAGAGAGUCUUCCCACCCCCCGUUCACUUAGACCUCGCUCAUCGCCUGUAGCAUACUUUAGACGUCGCACCUGCGGCACAUGAUAUUCACACGAGAGCAAAACUCCAAGCUUUAAAACACAAUCUAAACAUGUCUGGACGGUCAUCUCCGUUCCCUGAGGAGGAUGGGGUGCCUUUGGGGGCCAUGCGAGUUCCUGGCAGCGGGCGUAACCUUGUACUAAACGGCACUGCUUCACCCCUCCAGACGAACAACUCAACUGAUGUCGACGAUGUCACUUACGUGUUGGAUUCAUUGUCCACGCUCUCAUACAUAGACGCAGCCGCACUGCGAUGCAGUGUGCGCACACUACUGACUCCAUUAGCGGGCACGCAGUCACAUGGUGCACACGAGAGUCAAGCAAGUCCACACGAUACGACAUCUGUGCACGCACCUGUCAAGCACAGGCCCACACACUCGCCUACCAAACACAAGCACAUACACUCCGCCGCGUACACGGCCAAACACGUGGCAUAUGCGGAUGAGAAGCCUAUAGCUUUUGAAUUGAGCCAUAGAGAAGUACCUCUGUUAGACAUGUACACAUGCCUGUUGGAUCGGUCGUGCACAUUGAAGUCAGCGGCGACGCAACGCGCACAGUUGCUGAGCUUGUUCCGGGAUAGACUGGUAGCAUUUACACCCAGAGAUGCACAGAUACUGUCUGUUAAUGACACCCGCUGCAGUGCAGAAGCAAUCGCAUUGAAAGGAGAGACUAUGAAAGAUGGGGCAGGGGAUGACAGUAGACACGAGAGUGCACCCUUGGCACAUGCACACACGCAACCACCGCAGGAACAGUUCUCGCACGUGGACACGCAAUCCAUUACAAAAGCGCAAGAGUACUUACUUACCAACGAUCAAGCUCAAUCAACUGCUCAUCCCCCCACUACUGCAUUACCGAAAGCGUCACCUCGGCCGUCGCCUACACCAUCACCAAGACCCUCUCCAAGACCCUCUCCUAGGCCAAAUAGGUGGGCAAGUGCUGCCACUGACACCACCAGACACGCCUUAGCAACCGACGACUAUGCCGAGAAAGCCCCCCACAGGCCACCCAGAAGACGUUCAUCCAGUGCUGCGUUGACUGUCAAACGCGACGCAGCGCUGAGUGUGGGAACCAAAGACACUGCUGAGACAGCUACAGCAGCAGAGGAAGCAACAACACCCGAGAAUGCCACAGACGACACCGCCGAGAUGCCGACAGGCAUGGACAAGCCAUCUGCCCCAAGCCAACACCCUCCCAGUCCAACGAGUGAGUCCAAACCCACAGCCAUUCACACGUCAAUGACAGCCAGCUACGCAGCUACAGACGCGACGACGACGGAUGACACUGCGGAAGGGGGUGGGCCAGAAACAAGUGCACACAGCCAUCCACGUGACACGGACGCAGGGGCCGCUAAUGAGCUCAACCGGAAGACGAGAAAGAAGAAGGUGGUGCUAGGCCUAUUAGAAGAGACUGCACAGACAGACAACGAGCAGCCCAGGACACGGGCACAGACACAGGCACAGGCACAGGCACAGGCACAGGCAAAGGCAACGCCAAACCAACCGCCUCAGGGCACGCAGUCUCCUCGACCAUCUAUUGCGGGAGGGGAAAGACUGUCAAUGGGAAGCCAGGAACAGAAGGGACCACGGGAAGAGAAUGCGGUGUUUGUGGUGGACUAUGCGGUGCUUGAGCCUCUGCGUGUGCUGAUUGGUGAAUUGGUGGCGGUCCAUUUGACGGAGCCCAGGUGCAGUCGGCUGGUGCAGGAGACAGACACCCCGGCGCACCUGUGCCAACGGCUGAUGCACGUAUUCUACGACCUGGUCUAUGGCCACACCCACACCAACACACACCCACGCGAUACGGACACCCACAACAUACACACAGAUGACCCGCUGGGAGCAGCCACCGCGGAGCACGCAGCUGCAUCUGACUCGCUUUCGACUCGAGAAGCCUUUCCAUUGGAUGGUAUAAAUAGCUUCUCAGUGCAGAACGCACCUGACGGUGUAUCCAAGCUGUCAGAUCGCGAGAAGAAACAGAUUGUGUUGAGCUUUAAGCAGCUGCUGUUGGAAACGCUCCUCUCCGGAACACCCCGCGAGGAGUGUGCGCCUGGCAUUGCAGGUGUGUAUAUCAGUCCUUCUGCUUUGUGUGUUGACUGA